AUGAUCGUCAUCGCCGUAGUAGUGGUGCUGCUCAUCACUCUGUACUUCUACGGUACGAGGAACUUCAAGUACUGGGAGGACAGAGGAGUGAAACAUGACAAGCCACUCCCACUGUUCGGAAACAACCUGCAGGGCUACCUGUUCCGGUCCAGCAUGACACAAGUAGCUGACGAGAUCUACUGGAGAUAUCCCAACGAAAAAGUCGUCGGAUUCUACCGCUCCUCGCGACCUGAGUUACUUAUAAGAGAUCCAGAAAUUGCGAAACGUAUCCUGAUCACCGACUUUGCCCACUUCUUCGAGCGUGGCUUCACUCCCCAUAAGACGGUGUUUGAGCCUCUGAUGCAGAACUUGUUCUUCGCUGAGGGAGAUCUCUGGAAGCUGCUCAGACAGAGAAUGACACCAGCCUUCACUACGGGCAAACUGAAGGCCAUGUUCCCGUUAAUAGUUGAGAGAGCAGAAAAACUGAAGACACGAGCGCUGACUGCGGCCGCUGAGGGCAAGUCUCUGGACGCGCGCGACUUAAUGGCGAGGUAUACCACUGACUUCAUAGGAGCCUGCGGCUUCGGACUCGACGCCGACUCACUGAACGAUGAGGACUCCCCGUUCAGACAGCUCGGAAUUAAAAUAUUUAAAAUGAGACCUCAAGAAAUAAUUACAGCCAUUGCAAAAGAAUUGUUUCCAGAACUGGGCAGGAAUCUAAAGAUAUGGACUCGAGUGGAGAAUGACAUCAACGAGCUUGUCGUAGAGAUAUUGAAGAAGAGAGACUACAAGCCCUGCGGGAGAGGAGACUUCUUAGAUUUAAUGUUGGAGUGUAAGCAGAAGGGAGUGAUGGUCGGAGAGUCGAUACAGAAUAAGAAACCCGACGGCACCGCGGAGACAGUCACUCUGGAGUUCACCGACUCGCUGAUUCCUGCUCAAGUGUUUGUGUUCUUCGCUGCUGGCUUCGAGACCUCGUCAUCAGCGACCAGCUAUACUCUACAUCAGCUAGCGUAUCACCAGGACGUUCAGAAGAAGGCGCAGGAGGAGAUCGACCGCGUGUUGGCCAAACACGACGGGAAGCUGUCGUACGACGCAGUCAGAGAGAUGCACUACUUGGAGAACGUGUUCAAGGAAGGGCUACGUAUGUUCCCGUCGCUCGGGUUCCUGUUGCGACAGUGUACGAAGUCAUUCACGUUCCCGGACCUGAACCUGACGAUAGACGAGGGCGUGCGAGCUCUAAUUCCUCUCCAGUCGCUGCACAAUGACCCGAAGUACUUCCCCGAGCCGCACGUGUUCCGCCCGGAGCGGUUCGAGCCGGACGAGUUUGACGCUAACAACAAAUACGUGUACUUACCUUUCGGAGGCGGACCCAGAGCUUGUAUAGGUGAGCGCCUAGGUCUGAUGCAGUCACUAGCCGGGCUGGCAGCAGUGCUGUCUUGCUUCACGGUGGAACCUGCCAAGGAGACAGUGAGGCAUCCUGUCGUGGAUCCACUCUCCAGUGUGGUGCAGAGCAUCAAGGCUGGUCUGCCACUCAUGUUCCGGGAGAGAACUAAACAUGCUUGA